AUGUAUUCGUGGUUUAUAACGAAAGCAUCCAGGCUAUCACACACAUAUUACGUGACAAAUUUCGCAGAGUUGAAGGUCAAGCGCCUGAGGAAGAAGUUUGCCCUGAAGACACUGCGAAAGGCAAGGAGGAAGCUCAUCUAUGAGAAGGCAAAGCACUAUCACAAGGAGUACAGACAGAUGUACCGGACUGAGAUUCGCAUGGCUAGGAUGGCGAGGAAAGCUGGCAACUUCUAUGUGCCCGCAGAACCAAAAUUGGCCUUUGUCAUCAGAAUCCGAGGUAUCAAUGGAGUGAGCCCAAAGGUGCGCAAGGUGCUGCAGCUGCUUCGUCUCCAGCAGAUCUUCAAUGGCACCUUUGUGAAGCUCAACAAGGCUUCAGUGAACAUGCUGAGGAUCGUGGAGCCGUACAUUGCAUGGGGGUACCCCAACCUGAAGUCAGUAAACAAGCUCAUCUACAAGUGAGGCUAUGGCAAAAUCAAUAAAAAGCGCAUUGCCUUGACAGAUAAUUCCUAGAUUGCUCGAUCUCUUGGUAAAUUUGGCAUCAUCUGCAUGGAGGAUCUAAUUCAUGAGAUCUA